AAAAAUGGCAGCGCCCAGUCAGACACUCGUGUCAUACUCGGGCAGUUCAAGUGAAGACGAUAAUGACGUAAAACUAGACAGAAAUGGAAAGAAGCGCACGUGCAGCGAUGAACAUGGAAGUAUAGUGAAGAAGCAAAAAGUGAAAAGCUUACCAGAAAAAGGAAUAAUUGAAAAAAAUGACAGGCUUCCUUUGCCAGACAACAUAAAAGCCAUGUUCCAAGAUCAAAAAGAAAGCCAAGAUAUCCCAGAAGAACAUGAUGGACGAAUAAGAAGUUUUCCACAUGAGCGCGGCAUAUGGGCAACAUAUGUUUAUAUUCCCUUUAAUCCAGACGAACAGUUUCUUUACCUCAUCAAUGAACUACAAGCCUGUCUUCCUGGUGGACUUAACGUGAAGGUUGUGGACGACUUCCAUGUCAGUCUGUCGCGGACAGUGGUGCUGAGGCAUCACUGGAUUGACUCCUUUGUCACCACACUCCGUGACAAGCUACACUGCGCUGUAAGUUUUACUUGCCAGUUUGGUGAAUUGGAAGUGUACACUAAUGAUGAGAAGACCAGGUCUUUCCUGGGUCUAAAAGUUCAGCAUGGUUUUAAAAUUUUGUGCAGCUUGGUGGAAAAUGUUGAUAACACAUUAGAGGAGUUCCAUCUACAAAAGUAUUAUAAGAAUCCAUCAUUUCAUAUGAGUGUUCUCUGGGCACUGGGGGAUAUUACACAAGAGGUCACUCCCAAGAUUAGGGCAUCACUUGAUAAAAUUUUGUCAUCCUACAUGGAAGAUUGUCCACACAUAUUUACAGUGCAGGUCCGCCAGGUUCACUGCCAGACAGGAAAUAAAAAAUUCACAGUCCCUCUUGAUGAUAGGUGACGUCAAGAGAGAGGAAGUAGUGGUAUGAUGUCAUGAUCAAGGUCACAGCUAUAAGCAAGGUCACUUGCCAAGGUCAUCAAGGCCAAUUGAAGGAUAGGAUGGGGCUGUUGAACCAAUCUAGGGCAUGGGGUGUUUGGAAGAGGGAAGAGACCAAUACCUAAUUCAUCUUCACAAGAACUGUCUAGAAGAGGGGGAAACUCAAAAAUUGGCUUCUUUUUUAUCUUGGAUUUCCCAGAAUAACUCCGUUCGUGUCUCAUUUGUGUUCUUAGACGAAGGGUGACUGUCGUAACUCCUGAACAGAGGGCAGAUCUCUAGAGCUACCAAACUGGUGUUAAAGAUUACGUGUUCAGAUUGUUCUUUGACUUUUGUUUACACAUUAUAAUUCUGAAAGAAGAAAGUUUUCAUUUCAAUAAUGUUGUUCAGUUUGAGACUUGUUUAACAGAGUGCGAGGCAGAAUUUCUCUGAUCCCAUGACAGCAUUAUACUCAUCUUUAUGUUUUUAGUUGGAUUAAGAGAAAUGUUCUGACAUAAUAAUAGUACGCAGAAUGUUUUCUUUCUUUUUUUUUUUUGAUAAAACACAAACACUUGCCAUUAGGGAAUUUAUCGAAACAUAUCUAGGUUUAAUAGUUUAACUGAGACUAACAGAACGUAUUGGAAUGUGUCAAAUUUUGUGAAAAAAAGUUAAUUCAGAUUAAAGUAAAAAAAAGUACAAUUUGGAACCGUUCUUGUUUCAGUUUACAUGUAAGACAGAAAGCUUAUUUACCAAGGGAUUGCCAAUCACAUAUGUAUUUCAUCUCUUGUAUUUGAUAAAGCAAAUCCAAAGCAAUCUUGGCUCACUGAGAUGAUAGUGGUCAAAACAGGUGCUCUCUAUGUAUAAUAUGGUUUACAGUUUUGGUUAUCUUUUACUGUUUGUUACUAUUAAAAAUUUGAAAAUAAAAUAAA